GCGGGAACUCCAAGUACCAGCAUGCACCAGUGAAGAACCAGGUUUCCAUAACGACGACGUUUCGAAACGCCCAGCGGUGGGCGUGGUUAUUGUGAGACUGAGUUUAGUUGAGGGAUGCGAGAGAGGAGAGUGGAGUAGCCUGGAGCUGGACGUGAACUCUUACUUAACUUAGACGAGGGACUCAGUCUGAAUCAUGCGCCUAUUCAGCUGUAUAACUCACUGGGAGUGGUGUGGAAAUUGUGCAAGAUACGGAUAAGAGACACGUUGCUUUCAUUUUGACAUCAAACCUUGCGCUGCUGCUGCUGCUAUUGUUAAGUUUCCCGGAUUCCCGUUAACGGUAUUAUUUAUAAUGCUCGCGCCGCAGCUCUGCGUCAGGACUAAUCCCGGUUCUUCCCCCUCACGGGUUUGUUUCUGCUGACGCCGUAAACCAGGGCUGAAGUUUGUUAAAUAACGUGUAAAAGAGAGGAAUUUGACUGGAAAGCUGGUUGAAAUAGUUACAAGUUUAAAAACAGUAAAGAAAAAAAGAAAGAGUUGAACAUGGGGAACGCGGGGAGUAUGGAGCAGCACACGGACCCGAGAGGACACAACAUGCCGUUAAAGCUGCCCAUGCCGGACCCGGGGGAAUUAGAAGAACGAUUCGCAGUUGUUUUGAAUUCGAUGAAUUUGCCUCCAGACAAAGCGCGGUUACUACGGCAGUAUGACAACGAGAAGAAGUGGGAGCUCAUCUGUGAUCAGGAAAGAUUUCAAGUGAAAAACCCUCCUCACACAUAUAUCCAGAAGUUGAAGAGUUAUCUGGACCCAGCAGUCACCAGGAAGAAAUUCCGCCGGAGAGUUCAAGAAUCCACUCAGGUGCUGAGAGAGCUAGAAAUUUCAUUAAGGACUAAUCACAUCGGAUGGGUGCGAGAGUUUCUAAACGAGGAGAAUAAGGGCCUGGACGUGUUGGUGGAGUAUCUCUCAUUUGCACAGUAUGCUGUCACAUUUGAUGGUGACAGUUUUGAGAACGGCACAGACAACACGAUGGACAAGUCUAAGUCUUGGAGUCGCUCUAUCGAAGAUCUCCAUGGGGGGAGCAGUCUACCCUCUCCAAUUCCAGGAAGCAUCAGCAGAGCUGGGAGACACUCUACAUUAAGAUGUAAUACAUUGCCCAGCAGAAGAACAUUAAAGCAUUCGAGAUUGCUGUGUAAGAAAGACGACGUUCACGUCUGCAUUAUGUGCCUACGAGCGAUUAUGAACUACCAGUAUGGCUUCAACAUGGUUAUGUCCCACCCUCAUGCUGUGAAUGAAAUUGCACUAAGUCUGAACAACAAGAACCCCAGGACCAAAGCGCUAGUACUGGAGCUGCUGGCUGCUGUGUGUCUAGUCAGAGGGGGGCAUGAGAUCAUUCUCGCUGCUUUUGAUAACUUUAAAGAGGUUUGUUCAGAAAAUCAACGCUUUGAGAAGCUGAUGGAGCACUUCAGGAAUGAGGACAAUAACAUUGACUUCAUGGUGGCGUGUAUGCAGUUCAUAAACAUUGUGGUCCACUCAGUAGAAGAUAUGAAUUUCAGAGUGCACCUACAGUAUGACUUCACUAAACUAUGUUUGGAUGAGUAUCUGGAUAAGUUGAAGCACACUGAGAGCGAUAAAUUGCAAGUGCAGAUCCAGGCCUACCUGGAUAACGUGUUCGAUGUGGGAGCUCUGUUGGAGGACGCCGAGACGAAGAAUGCGGCGCUGGAACGAGUGGAGGAGCUGGAGGAGAGCAUGUCUCAUAUGACAGAGAAGUUACAGGACACAGAAAAUGAAGCCAUGGCAAAGAUUGUAGAACUGGAGAAGCAGCUAAUGCAUAAGAACAAGGAACUGGACUCUGUACGGGAAGUCUACAAGGAUGCUAGCUCACAGGUGCACACACUGAGGAGGAUGGUAAAGGAGAAGGAUGAGGCGAUCCAGAGGCAGUGUAAUCUGGAGAAAAAGAUCCAUGAACUGGAAAAGCAAGGAACCAUCAAGAUCCAGAAGAAAGGAGACGGGGAUAUUGCCAUCUUGGCCUCUGCUCCAUCCACUAACGGCCUGCUGGCGGGCACGGAGGGUGUACCCGGGGGUGCCAUGAUGGGUCCUGCGGGACCAGGUAGUGGUGUAGAACUGGGAAUGUCCAUGCCUCCACCUCCACCCCCACCUAUGCCUGCGUCAUUUUCAGUACCAAACGGUCCAUCAGCUAUUCUUGAACCACCCCCUCCUCCUCCUCCUCCACCACCACCUCCCCCUCUUCCGGGCACUGGCAUCACCGGGGAGGAAUCUUCCCCUAUGCCCCCACCUCCACCACCUAUGGCACCACCUCUACCAGGCUGUGGAUCCCCCACUGUAAUCUUCAAUUCAGGUCUCUCAGCUGUGAAGAUUAAGAAGCCGAUCAAAACGAAAUUCCGAAUGCCGGUGUUUAACUGGGUGGCACUGAAGCCCAACCAAAUCAAUGGCACUGUGUUCAAUGAGAUCGAUGAUGAGAGGAUACUGGAGGAUCUGAAUGUAGACGAGUUUGAGGAGAUAUUUAAGACAAGAGCUCAGGGCCCUGCUAUUGAUGUCACUUCUAGCAAGCAGAAGACCAUCCAGAAGGUUCCUAAUAAAAUUUCACUACUGGAUUCCAACAGGGCCAAAAAUCUGGCCAUCACACUCCGAAAAGUGGGCAAGACUCCGGAGGAAAUCUGCAAAGCAAUUCAGAUGUUUGACCUGCGGAUGUUGCCGGUGGACUUUGUGGAGUGUCUGCUGCGCUUUAUCCCCACAGAGUCCGAGGUCAAAAUGUUACGGCAGUAUGAGAAAGAGAGAAAGCCACUGGAAAACCUCACAGAUGAGGACCGCUUCAUGAUGCAGUUCAGCAAAAUCGAGCGCCUCGUGCAGAAGUUGACUAUUAUGGCAUUUGUGGGGAACUUUGGUGAGAGUGUGCAAAUGCUCACUCCUCAACUGCACGCAAUUAUCGCAGCAUCUGUGUCCAUCAAGUCUUCACAGAAACUCAAGAAAAUCCUGGAGAUUAUAUUGGCUCUUGGGAACUACAUGAACAGCAGUAAAAGAGGGGCAGUGUAUGGAUUUAAACUUCAGAGUUUAGACUUGUUAAUAGAUACCAAAUCAACAGACAGGAAGCUUACACUGUUGCACUACAUUGCAAAUGUAGUGAAGGAGAAGUACCAGCAGGUGGCACUGUUCUAUAACGAGCUCCAUUAUGUGGAAAAAGCGGCGGCAGUCUCUUUAGAGAAUGUGUUGCUGGAUGUGAAGGAGCUUCAGAGAGGAAUGGAUCUAACUAGGAGAGAGUAUAGCAUGCAUGGCCACAACACACUGUUCAAAGACUUCAUACAUCUCAAUGAGAGCAAGCUCAAGAAAUUACAGGAUGAUGCCAAGAUUGCGCAGGAUGCUUUUGAUGAGGUAGUCAAGUUUUUUGGGGAGAAUUCCAAAACCAUGCCUCCGUCAGUGUUCUUCCCUGUGUUCGUGCGCUUUGUGAAGACAUACAGGCAAGCAGAGGAGGAAAAUGAGCAGAGGAAAAGGCAGGAGCAGAUACUGAUGGAAAAGCUGCUAGAGCAGGAGGCCAUGGAGCAGGAAAAUCAGAAGUCUCCCUCUCAUAAGAAUAAACGACAGCAGCAGGAGCUGAUAGCUGAGUUGAGGAAGAAGCAAGUGAAGGACAGUCGGCAUGUUUACGAGGGAAAAGAUGGGACCAUUGAGGACAUUAUCACUGAUCUAAGAAACCAGCCUUACAGACGCGCUGACGCAGUAAGGAGGAGUGUCCGGAGACGUUUUGAUGAUCAGAGCUUACGGCCAAUCAACAACGCUGAGCUGGUGAUGUAACGAAGGCAGAGUUGAUGUGAUUGGUUGAGAUGGGAGUGAAUGAGAAGUUGUCAGCCUCUCUCUGUGUGAAAAGGCCUGAUGAAGGAUUGAAAGCGUGAGGAAGUUCGUCUUACAGGCCAAAAGCUCAAGUUUCUUUUGACCAAGUGCCUGAAUUUAACAUUUGUGUGAUGGUCUUUUUUACUUUUAUUAUGUAUUGUUUUAUUGCAAGCAAUAGGAGCUUCUGCUCGUUCACCACAGUGUCACUAGUAAAACUGGACAUGAAUAUUAUUUCCAUACAGAUGGAAAUACACUAGUAUGGAAAUCCGUAGUGAACUCGUACAUUCCAGUGGUAAUUACUAUAUUGCUUUUACUGCACAAUGUUGUUCAAAAACACUUUUUUUCCUCUGUGGACAAGGGCUAGGUGUAUUCUUAAAGAUUACAGGCUUGUUGAGCGUAUUGCAAAUCAGAAAGCAAUGGAAAGGCUAUGUAGCAUUUAUGAAUGACAACAUUGUGUAAAGUAGGUGGUUCCAAGUUAAUGUGAAAUGUAUAUAACGUAAGUAUAGUCACUCAGCAGUGUUAGCAGACCAAAACCCUCUCAGCUCAGUUACCUGAAAACAUUCAAAUAUUUUAGUGUUGUGCCAUGAAACGGACCGUCUCCAAGAUAUAUAACAGUAACGUGACUAAUAAGGUUGUGCCCGAUGCCACUCGACUUUUAGGGAGUGGCCUACCUUCAGUGCGAUGAUACAAAAUCUGUAGCAGACUGACUGGAUCCAAUAUCUACGACUGUUUUAGUACAAUUACAGUACAAGCCAAAGAAGAAAAACACCACCUCAGACACCUGAUUCAGCUUUAGUGAACAUUCAUUAAAAAGUACUGAUCAAUAAUGCAGAGGCACUUGCGCUGGGUCUCCACUAACACAUUUGAAGUAGAUUAUUCAACCACUGAAGCCAGACGUUCUCAAUGUGGCUUAUGCAGACCACUUCUUUUUCUCAUCUUCCAGCUCUAUGUAAGAAAAAGCCUUUUUAAUUGUACAGAUAUUUUGCUACAAAAUGGUUGCAUUAAAAAAAUAAAUAAUAUAAAAAAAAAAUUCUUAACCUUCAUUAGCAUAAGGUUAAUAUUGUACAUAUUGAUUUCAUCAUCCUGUUACUCCAUUCGUAUGUUAUUUUAACUUAUAGGUUUUUGUUUUUUUUUUUCAUUUUGUAUAUUUAAUUAAACAUGAAUUUGUUGUAUCUUUUAUUAAGUACGUAGCAGAGGGCUCCGAUUUUACGCUUGCCUGGCAGUAUUAAGGCAAUAGAAUAACUGGCAUUGUCUGACGCCAUAUAACUCAUCACUAAGUCUAAGUAAUACUGACACGCCUCUCUGUAUGCUGCGAUCUCAUGUCCUUUACGCAUUCCAUUUCUUCUAUAGACCUGGAUCAAACUGGCAUGUCUUCUUGUCCUCUAAUCAAAAAUGUAUCUUUUGGCAUUGUGUUGUUCUAGUGGAAUAUGAUUUUAAUAACACAUUGUGUUAGAGCUACAGUUUUUUGAUGCCAAUGAUUGAAUAAACUAUUUACAUAACUAUAACGCUGCGUUACAGCUCACUCGUUUGGAACAGAUGGAUAAGAGACUGGUGGAAAGGCUGAAGAGCCGGGGUUCCUAGUUUUUCACUUUACAUAAAGGGGGUGUGGCUUGUGACAUAUCUGACCCCGCCCCUUUUGUGGCAAAACCAAAAGGGAUCAAAUCAUAGGAGCUACAAACAAGCAGGAGACACGAUGUGGGUUAGCUGUAGCAUUUUGAGCAUCAUAUUGAGUUUUGUCCUAAGCUUUAAAAAAAGCAUAUAAAAUAAGCUAUCUUGCUAUUUUUACAAAAAAAAGUGGCUUUACUAUUGUGACUGGAUAUGCAAAACUUCCAAUAGACCGGUGACAUGUAUGACAUGUAUCUGAUGGAAACUUACAUUUACAUUAUGUUUACAUUUAUUCAUUUAACAGACGCUUUUAUCCAAAGCGACUUACAAAUGAGGAAAUACAAGCAAAGCGAUAUAUCAAGCAGAGAACAAUACAAGUAGUGCUACCAUACAAGAUCUUUAAUUAGAUUAAAAAAUUUUAUAAUAAACUUAAAAUUCUUUAUUAGCUACAGACAAUACAUGAAACACUGAACGAAAGCAAAGGUACAACCAGCAGCCUUACUUCCUGAACAUGAGACGAGAUCUGUGGCUGCUGAGUGGAGUCUGUUUUUUUUUUUUUUUUUCUUUACACUCGAGAGAGCAAGUUUCGAGAUUUUCUACACAAGAUGCAGCGGUUAAUUCAGAGUACAAUGUAUUUGAGCAUUUCUCUCUGACAAUCUACUAUUUGAAGCCCAAAGCCACUACUGUCCCAUCAUUUCAAGCGUAUACAUACUGCUUACAUACAUGCAUACAAUACUAAAGUGAUAUACAAUCAUUAUCUUUAUACUGUGUUGUUGGGAUAAGUAAUGAUUUUAGAGCAAAAUCAUUGGAUGGUUCUGAGGUUCCUCUGUAGAGGAAGUAGGAGAAGCACUGCUGCGACUGCUCGUGAUCCUGAGCAUUGAGACAUUGCUGACUGUGCUAAAGACAUUAAUGAUGUUGAGUGUGUUUAGGCAGGUGGUAGUACAGACGACACAGUGAGGAUGAGAUCAUUUGAGCCAAUCAGCACUGAUACUCCCUCACCCAGUGCCCCAAGAAGGGACCCAGAGACGAGGAUAAUUCUAGCCCUGGACGUUCAUUAUGAAGAAAUUCACAUACGAGCGCUCACUCACUGUUCACCUUCUGAAAUAAUCACUUUCCAAACAAAUGCUGCAGAGAUUCAGCAGUCUGGAGCCACGCUGUUGUACUGUGCUGAUGCAGUGUCUCUUUAAGGGUUCUGUGUACUGUACAGAUUGAUCCAUAUGACAAGUUCUGUGCAAAUAUGAAUACAGUAUUUGUAUUGAACAGAUGAUGUGUUCUAAACAGAUACAUAUACUGAUAUGAAUAUGUCAGGGUUUAAAUCAGCCUACUAGUUUGUUGAAGUUUUGGGAAAUAGAACGACAUUUAUUAGAAAAUAUCACAAGACGGUAUAAACAAAAAUGAUAACUGCAUGAGUGGGAUUUAAAAACUGCACAUCUCUAGUUGAGUACAAACUGAGGAGAAAGAAAGAAAGACACCUCUACUGCUCAGGUGGUAGAGCGGGUUGUCCACUAAUCGUAGGGUUGGCGGUUUGAUUCCCAGCCCACAUGACUCCACAUACCGAAGUGUCCUUGGGCAAGACACUGAACCCCAAGUUGCUCCCGAUGGCAAGUUAGCACCUUGCAUGGCAGCUCUGCUACCAUUGGCGUGUGAGUGGGUGUGUGAAUGGGUGUAUGAGAACCAGUGUAAAGCACUUUGGAUAAAAGUGCUAUAUAAGUGCACCAUUUACUUCACAGCUGAACAGAAGCAGUGCAGAAGUCACCUUUGUAUUCAAAGAUACAAGAGUUACCAUCUACACAAAUUUAAACUGGUUUCUUUUGUGUGUGUGUGUGUAUCAGCGCCACAGGAAUACUACACAACCUCAUUCUGUGUCUGGAGUAUACUUAAUAAUAAUUUUUAAAAAACCCUUUUUUCUAUAGCGUCUUUAAAAAGGCCUCUCAAGGCCUUUACAUAAGAAUACAUAAGCAUGUACCAAAAAACAGUUAAUAAUAAAAUAGUUUCAAUUAUAACAAUAAUAGUAGUAAUAAUAGUUAAAUAAUGAACAAAAAAAAAACAGUCAUUAAGUAAAAGCAAUCCUAAAGAAAUACUUUAAGAGAAUAUUUAAAUACAUUAAAAGACCGGGCUUCUCGAAGAUCAGAUGGUAGCGAGUUCCACAGUUUUGGAACAUAAGAAAAGGCCCCAUCACCCAUAGUGUGUAAACAAGUCUGAAGGACAGUUAAGACAGUGAUUUUCAAAGUGGGGGCCACCAGGGGGCGCCCGGGGGCCUCAACAAUUUGGUGUGAAAAAUAAAUUC